AUGACUGAAGAGCCCUUUCAUGCCUUCUCUUUCGAUGGCGUGCUUGGCCUUGGGCUAGACAGCCUUGCCUUGGCUCCCGAGUUUAGCUUCUUUGGGAUGAUGGCCAAACAGGUUGCCUUGGAGCACCGCAGUUUUGGUGUUUUCUUGGCGGACACCGAUGCGGAGGUCAGCGAGAUCUCCUUCGGUGGAUCCUCGGAGGACAAAGUUGCUUCUCCGAUGACUUGGGCCCCGGUGGCCCUUCCGGACUUGGGCUAUUGGCAGGUGGAAAUCAAGGCAAUCCGUAUCGGCGACAGGACCCUGGACUACUGCGCCGAUGGCCAGUGUCGAGCUGUUGUUGACACAGGUACUUCACUUCUUGCAGUACCAGAAGACUUCGCGGAAGGUUUGCAGGAGGUGUGCGUGAUCCCCCCCCUCCGAGGAUGUGAACCCGAGCCUCCGUAA